AUGUCACAGUACGGAUUUGUCAAAAUCGAAAGGGAUGUUGCAAAAGCUGUUCCGACCCCUAAAGCACCUGUCCCACAUUUGAAUACUGACUUGCCAAGCUCUGAGUUUUCCCAAGCAGUGCUUAAAGUCUACUUGUACUCGCGUGCUAUAAUCAAAGACCAGUUUCCCGAUUGGAAGCUUGACGAUGAAGUGGUGUUUGUCACAAGUUUGUUGCAUGACAUUGGAACCACUGAGGAAAACAUGCACGGUACAAAGAUGUCCUUUGAGUUUUAUGGCGGAUUGUUGUCGCGUGAUUUGGUUUUAGAAAAGACCAAGAAUCAAGACUAUGCCGAAGCUGUAAGUGAAGCAAUUAUUAGACACCAAGAUUUGGGAGAAAGUGGCUACAUCACCACAUUGGGACUUAUAUUGCAAAUUGCGACUACUUUAGACAAUAUUGGAGCAAACACAAACUUGAUCCAUUUGGACACCUUGGAUGCGGUCAACAAAAAGUAUGGCCGCGAGGGGUGGGCCUCGUGUUUCGGUGCUGCAAUCGACAACGAAAACAAGUUGAAACCUUGGGGCCAUACCAGUGCUUUAGGAGUCGAUGAAUUUAGAGAUAACGUUUUGGGAAACAAGGUAAAGAGUUCACAAAUUGUUCAUCUAGCAAUAUUAAAAGCAGCCGAUUUGGCUGAAGACAUCCAAUUAAAAAUAUUCGACCUAGCUAAUGCUGCAAUUCAAAACUACAAAAUUGAAAAGGAUAUUGCUGCAUUUUUGAAGAAGGAGCUUGAUCAAGUUUAUGGCCCUACGUGGCAUGUUAUAGUGGGGAAGAGUUUUGGGAGUUAUGUUACACACGAACAAGGCUACUUCAUCUAUUUUUAUAUUGGAGAAUUGGCGUUUUUAGUAUUUAAAAGUGGUUAA